AUGAGUCAGCAGGCAUACAAAAGACUUGCAAAGGAGUACAAGCAGAUCAGGGAGAACCCUCCUCCAUUUAUUAUAGCUCGUCCAUCUGAGUCAAAUAUGCUGGAUUGGCAUUAUGUCAUAACAGGUCCUCCAGGAACACCUUAUGAGGGUGGACAAUACCAUGGAAGGGUUACUUUCCCUCCAGAGUAUCCAUUCAAGCCUCCUAGAAUUAGAAUGUGCACUCCAUCUGGCAGAUUUGAGGUGAAUCAGCGGAUUUGUUUGUCAAUGAGUGAUUUCCAUGAGGAGUUAUGGAAUCCUUCAUGGUCGGUGGCUACCAUUAUUAACGGUCUUUUAUCAUUCAUGACUGGAGAGGAGAGAACAACGGGCUCAAUAGUAACGCCAGAAAGUACGAAAAGAGAGCUUGCACGCAGAUCCAAGUAUUUUAACCUAUAUUCGAACGUGGCAUUUAAGGAAAACUUCCCUGAUCUAUGUGAGCAGAAUAAGAAGGAUAUCGCAGAGCUUGAGAAACAAGAGACCAGCAGAAAGCUGCAGGUGGCUGCAAAAAAAGAGGAAGAUGAGAAGCCUGAAGUCACAACCAGCAUAGAUAGCAUCAAGGAUCCCGAAGAUAGAAUAAGAGCCGAAGAGCUGCAAGAAAAUGCGAAAAAAGCAAAGAACGAGGUGCGAAACGGAACUUCCAGCUUACUCAAGUUUUGUGUUGUGGCAAUUGCCAUAUUCUUAGGUAUGAUGGUCAAGCUUAAUGCUCCACAAGCAUGA